AUGAGGGGGAAUCACAAAGCUCCGCCGCCAGACUAUACGGAGAAUGUUGCAGGUGUGAGUAUCGAGCGACCUGAGGUGGGAGUUCAAGCACGCGUGACUGGGGACGGACGCAUAGCCAUCGAUCUCGAGAGGCGAUUCAGUAUUUUCUCCUCUUCCCUCAAAACCCAGAUCCAAGAGCAGAUCAAUGACGUCGGAACUGAGAGCUCGAAACCCGCACCACCAGCAUACCCUUCUCGCCUCAACAUCGUCAUGCACGUCGUUGGCUCUCGCGGCGACGUCCAACCUUUCAUAGCCCUCGGCCUAGUUCUGAAAACCACCUACAAACACCGCGUGCGUAUCGCCACCCACCCCAUUUUCAAAUCACUCGCCGAAACAAACAAUCUAGAAUUUUUCAGCAUAGGCGGCGACCCACAGGAACUCAUGGCGUUCAUGGUCCGUAGUUCCGGGCUACUGCCGAGUCUGGAUAUCCUAAGAGGAGGGGAUGUGGCUAAACAUCGGAAGAUGGUAGCCUGUAUAAUGGAGGGUUGUUGGAGGGCUUGUAUUGAGGAGGGUGAUGGGAUGGGGACUGCUCAGGAGGCAUCGUUUGUGGCGGAUGUGAUUGUUGCGAAUCCGCCUAGCUUCGCGCACGUACAUGGCGGGCAAAAGUUGGGUGUCCCCGUGCAUUUGAUGUUCACGAUGCCAUGGUCAGCAACCCAAGACUUCCCUCACCCGCUCGCCAAUAUCAAGCCCUCGAAUGGGGAUCUUGGCGUGGUCAAUUAUGUAUCCUACGCCCUGGUUCUUGGCCUGGAACCGAUCAGGUUGUCUUUUGGGCCUAGGAUGUUGAGCCGACUGAAAAUUCCCCAUACAUAUUGUUGGUCUCCAGCCUUGAUCCCAAAGCCGCAAGACUGGGGUUCUCAUAUCUCUGUAGCAGGGUUCUACUUCCUCAAUCAAGCAACAGAGUACGCCCCUGACCCGUCUCUCGCUGCGUUCCUUCUAGCUGGGUCAGUGCCCAUAUAUGUAGGGUUUUGCUCCAUUGUCAUUGGCGAUCCAGAAACCUUGACGAAGACGAUGUUCGACGCCAUAGAACUGAUCGGCGUGAGAGCAUUGGUAUCCAAAGGCUGGGGCGGUCUCGGCUCGCAACAACUUCCAAGUAAUGUCUUCCUUGUUGGAGACGUACCACACGACUGGCUCUUCCGUCGCGUCUCUGCCGUCGUCCACCACGGCGGAGCAAGAACAACAGCAGCAGCGAUGGCGGCUGGGAAACCGAGUGUCAUCGUGCCAUUCUUUGGUGAUCAGUUCUUCUGGGGAGCUAUGGCUCAGAAAGCUGGUGCAGGCGCAAAACCCAUUCUUGCAAAACAGCUCACUGUGAAACUCCUUGCUGCUGCUAUCAUCGAGGUGUUGCAACCCGCUGUCCUCGAUCGAGUGGAGGCAUUAUGUGAGCUGAUAGUGAGCGAAAAGGGAACGGACGCUGGUUGUGCCAGCCUGCAUCGGAAUUCGGAGGCGCAGUGCCUGAAAUGUUCGAUGGCGCCACAUCUGGUAGCGGUUUGGAAGGUCAGGAAGAAAGGAAUAUGCUUGAGCGCAUUCGCAGCAACGGUUCUUCUUCACGCCCGCCUUUUGCGCUUGCAAGACCUGAAGUUGCUUCGACAUAUGGAGUACGAUCUCGAAAGCGGUCCUUGGGACCCCAUCACAGGAGUCGUUUCUUCGUGCCUAGGAAUGGUCGGCAAUAUGACGAAAAGCUUAGGCAACGUUCCAAUUGCAGUCAGCCGAGCCAACAAGGCACGUCCUGUCGAUGGAAGCAUCACCCGAGGGUCAUUGAAUAUGGCUCAAGGCACCGUCGUGGGUACUUCAAAAGGAGUUGGUCGGAUUCUCCUUGCCGGCUUCCGGUCUCCGUUCGAGGUCAUGCUGAUGGCAGCGCGAGGCUUCCACAAUAUGCCGGCAUUAUACGGUGAUGAGUCUGUUCGGCCACCGGAAAGAAUAACCGGGGUCGUCAGCGGAUUUGGGGCCAUGAGGAAGGAAAUUGGAUACAGUCUGUAUGACGGCAUCUCAGGCUUAUUUCUGCACCCGAUUGAAGGUGCCCGACAUGAAGGGUUUGCUGGCUUCAGCAAGGGCCUUGCAAUAGGACUGGGUGGGGGCGUUGGCGGCUACACCUAUGAGGGGAUCAAUAAAGAGAUGGAGAAGCGUUUCGGAUCGUCUGUCAAGGGUCACAUAUCACUUGCAAGAUUGUCUCAGGGGUCUAGAGAGUUCAAUGACGCAUCAAACGAAGAGAUCGCAGACGUGAUCAGAGCCUGGGGAAAACAUGCAUCCAGAAAUAACGCUCGAAAAGAAAGGGAUGAUUGGUGA